AUGACAAUGCCCUCAGACAAUCCUGAAGCUGCUGGGCAGGUCCAGAGCCGUCAGUGCAUUGAGGCCGUCAUCAAAUUCGCCUUCGAGGAGAGGCUCUUCCUCAUGGCUGACGAGGUGUACCAGGACAACGUGUAUGCUGAGGGUUCGGCCUUCCACUCCUUCAGGAAGGUGCUGACAGAGAUGGGGCCGCCCUACCUGGACUCGGUGGAACUCACCUCCUUCCACUCCAUCUCCAAAGGCUUCACGGGCGAGUCAGUGACCUCCCACGGCCACCCCCACCCCGAGGUGGCCACCACAGGUCCUGGGGAGCCACAGAGUGGGGAUGAGGAUGGUGGAACCCCAUGGGCCUCAAGGGGGUGCCCUAUUGCUACGCGCCUAUUGCUGCGCGCCGCCCUCCGCUCGCCCUGCGCCCCCCUGCGCCUGCUCUGCCGCGACUUCCACGCCGAGGAGCUCUCCGUCUCCACCGUCGUCUGCCUGCUGGACUCCCUGGAGCCUGCCGCCGUCCGCAGAGUUGUUUUACGCUUCAACAACCUGGGGCUGGCGGGGCUGUGCGCAGUGCUGCCUCACCUCAGCCGCUUCCCCGCGCUGCGCAGCCUCAAGCUGCCCUACAGCAACGUGGACGUGCGCCGCACGGCCCCGGGCACGGACGCCGGCAUCCGCUGCUUGGCCGCUCACCUCCGGGCCCUGCCUGCCCUCAAGGAACUCGAUUUGUACUCCUCCAGGCUUUCUGGGAGACUCAGGCAGCUCCUGGGCGAGCUGCAGACUCCCCUGGAGAGUCUGGCGCUGGCCUUCUGCUGCCUGCUCCCCUCCGACCUCAUCUUCCUGUCCUCGAGCCUCCACGCGCCCUCCCUGCUCCAACUGGACCUGAGCGGCCACAACCUCACGUCCCCCAGCCUCCUGCAACCCUUGCGGACGCUGCUGGAAGCCGCUUCGUGCUCGCUGCUGCAGCUGGAGCUGCUGGAGUGUCAGCUGGGGGACGCGGAGCUGGAGCUGCUGCUGCCGGCGCUGCGCCGCUGCCGCCGCCUGCGCUGCCUCGGUCUCCUCGGCACCCCCCUGAGCGCGGCGGCGCUGCGGCCUGGCCUGGCCCGGCACUGCGCGGCCCUGCCCGACCUGCGCCUCGUGGGCUACUCGCAGCCGCCGCGGGGCUCCGGCCACCACACCCCCACGCAGGGGGAGGAGGGUUUCCCGGCGGAGCUGUGCUGGCUGCUGGCGAGCGCGGGUAGAGCAGACGCCGUGUGGGCGACCAGCCUCCAGCGCUACGGAGCCAUCGACUACUUCAGCUUGUAGCAUCCCCGCCCCCCCCCCCCCCCCCCAGGGAAGCUUCACCUCGGGGCGCUGUGCCGGGCUCUGGGCUGUGCCACUCGGUUAUGGUGAGUUCAUUAAAGCCAACCCCACCUUGCCUGAUUAA